AUGGAAGAGAAAAAUUAUACGACUUCCAGAUCUUCAAACAAUAUGGAUUACAAAGUCAAAUUUACGAUUGAUUUUAAGGAGAACGGACGCUUACCAUUCUUGGAUGUGGAGGUCAUUCGCUCGGAGGAAACUCUCAAGAAAAAACUUUUCCGAAAGAAAUCGCAUGCUGGUAUAACUCUUGACUUCCAGUCGAACAAUACUUAUGGUAUGAAGAUUUGA